CAACUAUCAAAUGCUUGCUAAUGAGGAUCCGAACAUUGUCCUCUCGCGAAACUUCUCUCAUUAUCGGUGUCUGUCCUGUAUUAACAUUUGACCUAUUGUUUCCUUUUCUCUCCCCGUGGCGUGCUGGAUACAUGUCCUUGGGUUGAUUCUUCUUCUCUAUUUUCUUUUCUUCCAGCAUACUUCUUGAGCCACCGAGUCACCAGCUUGCGACGAUGCCGUCAACAACAGUUUCUCCUGCCCAGCGCAGGAGCAUUCUAAAGGUUUUAUUCAUAUCGCUACUUCUGGACCUGAUAUCGUUUACUUUCAUUUUGCCUCUGUUCCCCUCCCUACUCGCAUUCUACCGCAGUCGAGACCCCUCUCCGACAUCUCUCCUUAAUAGGAUCUUCCACUACCUUAAUGAGUACAAAAAUGCCUUCGCUAGACCGAUUGAUUCUCGCUAUGACAUUGUCCUGCUUGGUGGUGCGCUGGGGUCCUUGUUCUCCCUUCUCCAGGCCAUUGCUGCGCCAUUCAUAGGCCGCUUAUCCGAUCGACGCGGCAGACGGACGGCGCUGUUGUGGUCGAUGGCUGGUAAUAUUCUGAGCGUUGCUCUCUGGGUUGCUGCUACGGACUUCCGAACUUUCCUUGCCAGUCGCAUUGUCGGUGGGUUGAGUGAGGGGAAUGUGCAGAUUGCUCACGCGGUCGCAACGGAUAUCAGUGAUGAGAGUCAGCGCGGCGCAACAAUGGCCAUUGUUGGCGCCUGCUUCAGCAUCGCAUUUACAUUUGGACCGGCUCUGGGAGCUGCGCUAUCGAAUAUCACCACCGUGGCGGCCAAUCCGUUUGCGACUGCUGCCGGGUUCUCCUUGUUCCUGAUCGUUCUCGAGACCCUCUACCUAUAUCUACGCCUCCCUGAGACGCAUCCGCGACUGUUGAACAAGGGAAAUAAUGUGCAAUCUGCUUCCAAUGGAACGUCCAACGGGAAUGAGAAAGCUACGAAAACCGCCCCUAGUCCUCGUCAAUAUACCAAUCAUCCUACACUGCUGAACAUCACUCAUCUACUAUUUCUCCUUCCUUUCUCUGGUCUGGAGUUCUCACUUCCUUUUCUCACGGCGACUCUGUACACUGGACAUAAAUCCAGUCCCUCCGCCCUCAAUGGUCGUCUCCUCUCACUUAUGGGCCUCAUCGCUUCUCUUCUCCAGGGCACGGUUGUUCGUCGCCUGCCGCCUCUCGUCACUAUCCGUGCCGGUGUUCUGGCUUGUACGGUUUCCUUCUUUCUGCUUGCCCGAGUCUCCACGAUUUCGGGUCUCUACGCAGCUGGCAGCCUUCUAGCUAUCACCAGCGCAACCGUCGUGACGGGCUUGAAUAGUUUGGGCAGCUUGGAGGCCGGAGAGGGCGAACGCGGAAUCGUGUUGGGAAGACUCCGAAGCUGGGGUCAGUUCGGCAGAGCAGCUGGUCCGAUAUUGUUUUGCUCGCUGUUUUGGUGGGGCGGAAAAGAAGUCGCAUACACGACUGGUGGCAUUGCCAUGUUGGCGGUCUGUACCCUCGUCUUUGGGGUUUUGAAAUCUCCCCCUACGAAGGCUGCACCGAAGGCAUGAAAAUCAGUGGAUAGCUGCCCUUCUCACAGUGUGGUUGGAAAUUUUCGACGUGGUUCUCUGCUUCUAAUAUGGCAAAAAUAGGUAACACAGGUGUCUCUUAUCGGAUCAACUUUGCUGAGAGAGUUGAUGUAUUAUAGUCAUGUCUGAAGAACGUAGCUUUUCGCUACUGCCUAUGUCUAAUGUUCGAAUAUGUUUGGAUAUGCCGUUUCAACGGACAGCUGACUGGCUGGUCCAGUGUAGCUGUGCAUGUUUCUGCCACGUUGGAGGAGGACUACAAAUGAGUCGACUUCUCUCGCCGUCCCGCGUCCCAAUAAGUAGCGUGAAAAAAGAAAUAUGAGAUACUUGAAGUUUCUUUGCUUUAGCCUUCGUUAAUUGCUUGUGAGCAUGCUCUGAUAUUGCGGACAGAAAACAUAUUAUGUUAGACAAGCGCCCAUCUGUAGCAGGUAUGAGGAGAAGCAAUGAUCAUCAGGAGUUUUCU